AGACAGCUAACAGGUUUAAAUCGGUCCAACCGUAAAACCGACUUCAACCGGAACUGAACCAAAAAAUUACAAAAAUCUUGGAGAUCCAAAAGACUUAAACCAAAAGACGUGUGAAGGGUCAACACGUGGCGUGAAAGGAGCAAACUCGUGUGAAUCGAAGCAGUGGAACAGUGGCUUGUGGCUUGAUUAAUCGGAAACUUGAAAGCUUCCUCCUGAAGGAAUUUAGAAAGCGUGAGAGAUGGCGACGAAGACUGUUUGGAUCAUACUGUUGUGUCUAUUUGUUGUUUCCCAGGCAGAUCAGGGUUUCGAUGUUCGUCAUCACCUCUCCACCGUCACCAGAUACUCUACUUCGAAAGAUGUUACCCAAAAUUUGAUUGAAGGGUCGAAUGUUCCUAGUGAGUGUACACCUAUCCACCUUAACCUUGUGGCUAGGCAUGGAACUCGUUCUCCGACCAAGAAACGAUUGCGGGAAUUGGAAAGUUUGGCUGGUAGGUUUAAGGAACUGGUAAGAGAUGCAGAAGCUAGGAAAUUGCCUUCAGACAAAAUUCCUGGAUGGUUGGGACAAUGGAAAUCUCCUUGGGAAGGAAAAGUGAAAGGUGGGGAGCUGAUCAGGCAAGGGGAGGAUGAGUUAUACCAACUGGGAAUUCGGGUUCGGGAACGGUUUCCUAGUUUGUUUGAAGAGGAUUACCAUCCUGAUGUCUAUACAAUAAGAGCUACGCAGAUUCCUAGGGCAUCUGCAAGUGCUGUAGCAUUUGGAAUGGGGUUAUUCAGUGAGAAAGGAAAUCUGGGACCAGGCCGUAAUAGAGCAUUCGCUGUCACUAGCGAAAACCGUGCCAGUGAUACAAAGUUGAGAUUUUUUGAAUGUUGUCAAAACUACAAGAGCUAUAGAAAAGCUAAAGAGCCUGCUGUGGAUAAGCUCAAGGAACCUGUUCUGAAUAAAAUUACAGCUUCCGUUGCAAAGAGAUAUGAUUUAAAAUUCACGAAACAGGACAUUUCUUCUCUCUGGUUUCUGUGCAAGCAGGAAGCAUCAUUGCUUAAUGUAACUAAUCAAAGUUGUGAACUUUUCACGCCAUCAGAGGUUGCUUUGCUGGAAUGGACAGAUGAUUUGGAAGUGUUUCUCCUCAAAGGUUAUGGAAAUUCCUUGAAUUACAAAAUGGGAGUUCCACUUCUAGAAGAUGUUUUGCAUUCAAUGGAAGAAGCUAUCAAGGCCCGGGAAGAAAAGCUCCCACCUGGAAGUUACGAAAAAGCAAGGCUUAGGUUUGCACAUGCCGAAACAAUAGUUCCCUUUUCUUGUCUUCUUGGGCUUUUCCUUGAUGGAUCUGAGUUUGAGAAAAUACAGAAGGAGAAACCUUUGGAACUCCCUCCACAGCCUCCCAAAACCAGGGAUUUUAGAGGCAGCACCAUGGCUCCUUUUGGUGGGAACAACAUUCUUGUCCUAUACAGUUGUCCCGCAGAAUCCUCUCCCAAAUACUUCGUUCAGGUUCUGCACAAUGAGCAUCCUAUUGCAGUGCCAGGUUGUGAUGGAAAAGAUUUCUGUCCUCUUGAAGAUUUCAAGGCCAAAGUGGUAACUCCUCAUCUAAAGCAUGCUUUUGACAACCUUUGCAAUGCUGAUCUAAAUGACCUGAAACAGAAGCCUGCAUCAAGUAAGUUAUCUAUACUGUCAAGUUGGCUGUUUGGGUCAAGCCACGAUACCGAGCUCUAGUUACUACACAGCUCUUCUUACAUACUGGCUGAUUACAGUUUGAACCUGAAAUCACACAGAGCAUUGUUGUCUGUUUUUUUUUUUGUCCCCUUGCCACAUUUGUGUUCUAGUUAGUUCAAUCCGCUAAUCUGAAAUAUUUUGAUUUUGAUCUCUGAAUCUAUUUCCAUACUUGCUUGGUAGAAACUUAAAGCUCUAAAUUUCAGAUCUGGUACAUCGAUCAGUUUAAGGACUUAAAGCUCUAAAUUACACUCUAUGUGUGGAUACAAGCCC